AUGUCACAAGAUCAAGCUCAAGCUCAAGCUCAAGCGCAACCGCCGCUGCCUCCCCGCAAUGGCUUCAUUCACAAUUCUGCCAUGGCUGGUGCCAUCAUUCUACCCCUUGCGAUGCUUCUCCCACCACGAAAGAUAGAUUUAAGAUUCUUCGUCCUCGCUGGCGCAUGGUCGCUUGCUACAAACCAGCUCGCCUACGAGUACACAGGGUCAUCGAUCUACUCGCGCUUCGGCAAUCGGGUGGGUUCCAUGAUGGGAACCGAGCUGCCCGAGGGUGCUCAGCGCACACAAAAACUACUACGAGAACAUCGCGAGCGUGAAGCGGCGCUUAGGGCCAAGGAGGGACAGCUGGCCCAAGAAGAGAAGCCCGGUGUGGUGGCCAAGACGCUCAACGACGUAUGGAUGGGAGGCGAGGAGAAGGGUUGGAAAGAGAAGCGUGUUAAGGAGCAUCAACAAAAAAUCGAGGAGGGCAAGGGAAUCGGCGAUAUUAUCAUGGACCAGGUUGCCGAUGUCUGGUACGGCAAUUGGGGAAAGGGUGCUAGGAAGCAGGACGACGAAAACUCGACCGAGAAGAAGUAA